ACAAGUUAUAACAAAAAGUUACAAAAAAAAGUUUGUUUGCAACCAAAUUUGAGAGAAAUGACAAAGUCUUUAUUUUCUUUUCUUAAAUUCUUGAUAUUCACAAUUUAUGUAGCAAAGUUGAGCUAUGUUUGGGCUGAUCAGCCCGAAACACUUUCAUGGGCCAAAACAAUUCCUUAUGGCCAUGAGCAGAAAACUACCUUAGAAUUCUACUACCAUGAAUUUGCAUUUGGAGAAAAUGCAACUGUUGCUUGGAUCGCUCAGGCCCAACCACCACAGCCCAACCCACCAUUCACAGCCUUCGGCAACUUGUAUAUGGUCGAUGGGAGACUCACUGUUGGGCCAGAUGUUAAUUCUAAGCUUAUUGGCCGGGCCCAAGGUUUCUUUGGGUCAGACUCCCAAACAGAGGAGAACUUUAUGUUGGGCAUAACUUAUAGCUUAAUUGAUGGGAUCUAUAAUGGAAGUACCUUCACUUCUUUGGGCCAAAACACAUAUAUAAAUUCGGUUAGAGAACUAUCGAUUAUUGGAGCGACCGGACUUUUUAGAAUGGCCCGUGGAUAUAGUUUGGCCCGAAUUUAUUCUAUUGACCUAACUACCGGGAUUAUCAUUGUUCAUUACAAUGUUACCUUAAUUCACUCUUAGGUUAUUUUUAUGACCAUCAUAGAAAUGUCCUUCUAAAACGAUGUCCUAUUUCUUUAAAAAAAGAAAAAAAAAACAUGUUUCAUUCCUUCAAACGCUAUCUAAUUAUCUUGUGUGCAUGUGACUUAUCUAAAUACCAAUUGUGAUUUAAGAUGAUAAUAUAUGUUGGUUGUUUUUGCUAAUGCAAGUUACCGCCGUUGGCUUUAAUUUAAAUAAAGUAAUUAUGCCAUCGCAUGAUUAAGUUUAUAUAUAUCCUAAAUAAAGUUUUCGUUGAUGUAAUAAGUAUUGUAUAAUGAAAUAAUAUGUACUUUUUUUCA